AUGGAGUUUGCAGUCUUCUGGCUGUUCCACAUGCAGGUCCACACUCACUUCCUCUCCCUCCCUCCUCAUACAGAGUUUUAUGGAAGAGAAGCCCCCUACAAUGCCUUGACUGGGAAAGACUCCACCAGAGGGGUGGCCAAGAUGUCCCUGGAUCUUGCAGACCUCACCCAUGACAUUAUGGGGCUCAUGACCAAGGAACUGGAGUCCCUGAAUGACAUCUUCACCAGAGUGUACAAGGCUAAAUAUCCCAUCAUCGGCUACACAGCCCGCAGGAUCCUUAACGAGGACGGCAGCCCCAACCUGGACUUCAAGCCCGAAGACCAGCCCCAUUUUGACAUAAAGGACGAGUUCUGA